AUGAUCAUCAUGGCGGCUAUCGUCAGGUUGAGUUCUGCCUGUCGCAGAGGAGUCCAACCCCUGUUUUACCAGAGCACUUUGUUGUCCAGACCGCUGGUCGUACCUCACAAACACCAGGAGCAGCCCUACCUGCUGAGAGCAAGAAUUCAUGCAUCACAGGCUCUUUACGCCGGUCCUGGCUCCAAAGCCGCCUCUCUGCACUGGACAGCAGAGCGAGUGCUGAGCAUCCUGUUGCUGGCCAUGGGACCCGUAGCCUAUUUUAACCCUGGACCGGUCAUGGACUAUUCCUUGGCUGCUGCCCUGACACUGCAUGGCCACUGGGGUAUCGGGCAGGUGUUAACAGACUACGUUCACGGGGACCCUAAGAUCAAGAUUGCCAAUGCAGGUCUCUUCCUCCUGUCCACGGUCACCUUUGCUGGUCUUUGCUAUUUCAACUACAAUGACGUUGGCAUCUGCAAAGCCAUUGCCCUGCUCUGGAGCAAAUGAAUAUGACUGUGGACUGGGAAGCUUGGGAGGACCUAAACACUGGGACAGGGGCAAUCUCGUCCUGGCCGAUUGUAAAAAUUCAAGGUGUUCUAUGUAAAUUCUUAUAAAUAUAUCAUGUUGACAAUUUUGACAGUGAUUCACAUGUGUGUAAUUGCAAGCAAUGUUGAUCUGUUCAGGCUUGGUCUUCGUAUUGCGUUCUUGCUCGGUUUAGUUGCAGUAAUGAUUGGGCAACUGGCAUCCACUGUCUUUCCUUACACGUGGGAGAUGAGCUUCUGUUUAUGUUCAGUAUGGACUAAAUUUAAGCUGCAUUUCCCUGUAUGUUCUGAAACUAAGCAACAACAUGGCCACUUAUUAAAUAUGUCACCACCAAUUCUA